AUGGACACCGUUGCACGGAAAGUCACAGUGUGCAUCAAUGAGCGGAGGCAUGACCAGCAGUAUGCACAACGUGUUGCUGCAUACCGCGACGCAGCUCUACGGUACACGUUUGCCUCCACCAAGCAGGAGCUUAAUUUGCAGGCCCCAGUCCAACAGCAAUUAUGUUUGUCUCAGACAUGCAGGAGACCUGGAUGUUCGACUCCAACACGCAGUGUAUAUAUCAAGUUCCUAACGCAUCUUUGGGAAGCCAUCAAUCUACGUCACAGCAACCGAAUUUCCAGCACCACUCAGCAAACCCAGACCAAGAUGUACGCCCAAGCACCAGCACCAGAAGCCGCAGGCCCUCAGCCUCGCAUCGUAUACUACAUUGCCCGAAACAACGGUACCAUCGUUCCUCUCAUCCCAGCCGACGAGCUCCCCUUCAACAUCCGUCUGCAAAACGUCCCCCGCGUCCUUGGCGCCGACCAGAUCUACGGCAUGCAGCACGUUGGCUCUGCCCCCUUCACCGGCUUCACCUUCAAGCUUGAGCACGCCGACCACGUGUACCGUCCCAUGUCUCAGCCGCCACCAGGACCACCAGGCCACACUCGCAACUGGAGCGGCUCUGAACCGAAGAACUUCCUCCCUCCUGAUGCUCUCGCUCGUCAAGCACUCGCCGGCACUCCCCCGCCCACCUACCAAGCCAAACUCCACUCCUUCCCUCCUCGUCCCGUCUCGGCCCAUGAGUCCGCCCCGAACUGGCGCAGUAAGCCCAGUCCAACCUCCGACCCAACCCAAUCCGUCAUUGACGCCAUCAUAGCCACCCAAGCUGGCGCCCAGACCGCUGCUCGCUCUGGCUAUGUCCCCCGUUCGACAGCCGCCCAAGUCCCACCUGGCAGAGUCCCUGACCCGGAGAAGAAGACAUACUGCACCUACUGGAUCCGCACUGGCGAAUGUGACUUCCAGCAGCAGGGAUGUCUGUUCAAGCAUGAGAUGCCGGAUAGUCUGGAGAAGCUAGGUGAGCUGGGGUUCAGGCAUUGGCCGUACUGGUGGAAGGAGAGGAACCAGAAGGUUAGGAUUGGUGGUGCUGAGGAGAAGGGGCCGGUGAGGCCGUCGGUAAAGCCGGAGCAGUGGCUGAAGCAGAGGAAGGGCAGCGUCAGUGAUGGUGAUGAUGAAGAGAGUGAGAACGAAACUGCGAAGUCGUCGGAGGGGAGUGUUCUUGUGGUUGUGAAGAAGAGUGAUUCCGGGAAGGCUCCGGUCCCUACUGCUGCUGCGUCCAAAGCGGCAGACACCAAGUCCAAAGUUCCAGCGGCUCUUGAGGUUAACGCUGGCCAGCCAUCCAACACCGCAGACGGCGACCUCAUCUCCUUCGGCCCACCAACGCCCUUCGUCGCCUCUUCCGCCACCAACGUCGCCAGCGCCAGUGCCAGUCAGCCUUCCAAGCCCACUACCAGCAACACCGGCAGCUCUUCGCACAAGACCAUCUUCGUCCCCGCCGGCGAAUCAGUCGCAGCCCACAUCGCCGACGCCCAGAAGCGCGAGAAGCGCUCAGCCUCGCAAGCCUCCAAGCGCGCUCGCACGACCAAGAGCCAGCAGACCAACGGCAGCCCACAGAAAGCCUCGUUCGAGGAGCUGAAGCGGAACAGUGGACUGCUGGCUUCGAAGCAUGCGCCGGCUGUUGCGACUGCUCGAAUCUCAGCUGCUGGCGGAGCGGUCGAUCGCAAGGGGUUUAGGCCGCGUGUGCCGAGGCCCAAGGGUGGUGUGCUCGCCGAGAACACUGCGAAAGUCAACGUUUCGGUCGACGCAGCUGCGAAGGCGAAGGCUGCUGGGGCUUCUGAGGUGAAGAAGGGAGGGACUGCUGGCUCUGCGGCUGCAGUGGCGAAGCCAAAGCACUCUGUCGCUUGA